AUCCGAACGUUGAAUAACCCGUUGGAGAAAUCACACCCCAACAAGAAAAGCAACGGGAGACCGCAAAAGCAGUGCACGCAACUACGACACCGUUGCAGCCUUCGUUUUCAUAACCAGAAUCACAUGGAUAUUUUUUCUUCUUUCAAAUCAUCUUCUUCGCAUUUCGUUUUCGUUUGUUAUUGAUCUUCAUUUCAUAUCUCCUCCUUUCUCCAUACGAUUGGAAAUCCAAUUUUUGCCCAAAUCAACGACCAAUGUACCGAAUUCAGAUAUGGAGAAGGCUUCUAUUUUGUGUUUUUAGCAUGUAACAAACGACGAACAAGUCGUGUAUAUCUCUCUUUUUCCUCAGCAUUUCGAUAUGUCUAUAUCAGCAUUACGUCAGAAGCAUAAAUGGGAAGUGGAGAAACUGACACUUACAUCACAACCUUUCAAAACACUGAAGCUAUUCACUUUGUCUAUUCUUCAACACAUAAGCAGUUCGAUGGUAUACAUUUUGGCUCAUGGUUGCUUGCUUAUGCUUUUCGUAGCAGCCAUAGCAGGGGUUGGAGUGUUUCUUAUAACUGAUGAUGGUCCUCAUAGAAAGCAAGUUGAAGUGCUUGUUGAAUAUUCACGAUUUGGAUUGUGGUGGAUGGCUCUUGGUGUUGCGUCUUCUAUUGGUCUUGGAUCUGGUUUGCAUACUUUUGUCCUGUAUCUGGGUCCCCACAUUGCUUUCUUUACAAUGAAAGCAAUGCAAUGUGGUAGAGUCGAUAUCAAAAGUGCUCCAUAUGAUACAAUACAGUUUAAUAGAAGUCCAUCAUGGAUUAAAAAGGAUUGCUCAGAGUUUGGUCCCCCAUUGUUUUCAUCUCCAGUUGGUUCUCAUUCAGUUCCACUUUCUAGCAUUUUACCACAAGUUCAGAUUGAAUCUAUUCUUUGGGGUUUCGGAACUGCAAUUGGUGAACUCCCUCCAUAUUUCAUUUCAAGAGCAGCAAGUAUCUCGGGUGGUAAUGCAGAAGAAAUAGAAGAAAUCAAUAAUUCAACAGGAGACAAUAAUGGGCGUUCUACAAACAUGAAGCGGUGGUUCUUGUCACGUGCACAAUAUUUGAACUUCUUCACAAUUCUACUCCUUGCUUCGAUACCAAAUCCUCUAUUUGACCUUGCUGGCAUAAUGUGUGGUCAAUUUGGGAUUCCAUUUUGGGAGUUUUUUCUCGCAACAGUUAUUGGGAAGGCAAUCAUCAAAGCUCACAUACAGUCUUUCAUGGUAUCAGAGCUUACCAUGGACUCUGAAUCUUCCAUGACUACCGAUUCUGGUUCAUCCUCCAUGAUCAAAUCACAUUCUCUCCCAAUCUUCUAUAACCCUAACGCCAUCAUGGCUCAUACUCAUCUUACCAAAGAUAAUUAUGUAAACUGGAGUACACUUUUCAAAACUCUUCUUCGUGCUCACCAGCUAUUGUUUGUCAUUGAUCCUACCCCACCUCCUAAAAUCCUUGCCGAUGGCAAAAAUAACCCAGAUCAUGAAACAUGGCAUAAGGCUACAGAUUUGAUCUGUUGUUGGAUAAAAGGAACUGUUACCCCAGCAAUUCAACCGUACUUGAACUCAUGUGAUACAGCCCCAGCAGCGUGGAGUGUCUUGGCUAAACGAUUUGGCUCCACAUCAACAAUCCAAAUUGAAAACCUACAAGAUCGUCUUCACAAUCUCAAGAAACCAACGGACCUCUCUGUAUCAGACUAUCUUCUCCAAGCCAAAACCAUAUCUGACCGCUGCAAGAAAACCACUUGA